ACAGUGAAUGAAUGGGUCAGUGAAUGAAUUAUGUUUGGUAGGUCAGGUGAAUAGUAGAGACGAUUUGCGGAUGUACAUACUACAUGUGCUGAGCUGGUGUAUUGCAGACAAGGAAUAAGUUUUAGAGUUUUAUUGAGGUCUGACAUACACCACCAACAUGACUAUCUCCAAGUCUAGGGGUAACAAAGAAGAUGGCGCCUACUGCAACCGAGGUUAUCAUGACAACGAGAAGACCAGCGAGUCCAGUACCAAAGAGCCUGUCAGUCCCAAAAAGAUGGAAGUCUUCACCAUAGACGACGGCAGAGAAGUUGAAGACAAUGAACCCAUCGAGAGAGCGGGUUGCUGCUCAAGGAACAUGGGUACCAUCCAAACUGGUAUCGGGAACCUCUACGAAAAAUACAACGAUGCGAUCCAUAUUAUGAUCUACGCGAUACUUCUUAUCCUCUACGGUUGUUACUUCUCCUAUGCUAUGUACUACAGUUUCGGCGACGAGGGUUCUGUCAGGUUGCUCUGGGUGACGUGUGUGGUGGUGUUCUUCAGCAUCAUCGCCGUCAUGAACGCGAACUUCGGGGAGAGAAUGUACAAGUCUUGCAUUGGGCCCGCUGAGAGGUUUUUCAAAUAUGAUGUUGUUGGAAAGAAGAUCUUAAAGGUUACGAAAGUGAUUGUUUUACUAAUAAUUCUGGUUCUUGUUGUGGUCUUCCUCGUCCUCGAUGUUGCCCUGAAGCAUCCAAUAAACCUCGUAUCCUUGGCUGGUUUAGCCGCUUACAUCCUAUUGUUUUACAUAUUCUCAUUCAGUCCAGCAGCGGUAAAGUGGCAGCCUGUCAUCGGAGGCCUGCUCCUUCAGUUCGUCUUCGCCCUUAUCAUCCUUCGAACCACAGCGGGAUUUCAAGCCUUCGAAUGGCUUGGCCAGCGAGUUUCAGAGUUCCUCGAACACACAGAUGCUGGAUCCAAAUUUGUCUUCGGAGACGAUUACACGGAGCAUUUCUUUGCUUUCAAAGUUUUGCCAGUCGUUGUUUUCUUCAGUACGAUCAUCUCCGUGUUGUACUACCUUGGUUGGAUGCAGGUGGUGAUAAAGAAGGUGGCCUGGGUCAUGCAGACUUUUAUGGGAACAACUGCAGGAGAAUCUCUCAACGCUGCUGGGAACAUCUUUAUCGGCCAGAGCGAGGCUCCUCUCAUGAUCCGUCCACUCAUUCAGAACAUGACCAAGUCGGAGAUCCAUGCGGUGAUGACUGGAGGGUUUGCCACGAUCGCUGGAUCGGUUCUGGCUGCCUAUAUCAACUUUGGGGUGCCGGCGAACCAUCUCCUGUCCGCAUCCGUGAUGUCGGCCCCCGCUGCCCUGGCCAUGGCUAAACUCUUCUACCCAGAAACGGAGAAGUCGAAAACUACUUCGAAAGAUGUCGCCACCAUUGAGAAAAGCCCAGAGAGGAACAUCAUUGAAGCGGCUUCGACUGGAGCAUCCCAGUCCAUCAGACUGGUAGCCAAUAUCACGGUGAACCUUAUUGCCUUCCUUGCCAUUCUCCAGUUUAUUGACUCAACGUUGAUAUGGGUUGGAGCAAGGGUGGGAGUCGACGAACCGCCCCUAUCGUUUAAGCUGAUCUGUUCCUACCUCUUCUGGCCCCUCUCCGUCCUAAUGGGGGCUGACAUCGAGGACUGCGGAAAGCUAGCUGGCCUGAUCGGACUCAAGACCUUCACAAACGAGUUCAUUGCCUACUCGGAACUCGGAACUCUUAUCUCCAAUAAGGAAACACUCGACAACUACACAAGUUUCUACAAUACAAAUAGCAGUGAUCCUAAUGCAGUAACAACGAUAAAUAACGGCAACCUUUAUCUCAUUUAUACUGGCAUCACAUUGGCAGGAGGAGUAAUAAAGAAACGAACCGAGAUCAUAGCGACCUACGCUCUCUGUGGCUUUGCCAACUUGGGGUCGAUGGGCAUUAUGAUUGGAGCCUUGAGUGCGAUGGCGCCCCAUAAGCAGAGUGAUAUCGCAGCAGUGGCGGUGCGGGCGAUGAUCGCGGGGAACGUGGCGUGCUUCAUGACUGCUUGCAUUGCUGGUUUGCUGUACCAACCCUCGUUAGAGUGAAUUCAUUCCGGAUGGGCCAGUAUGCUGCAGCCGUACGCAAAUUCGUUUGACGUUUUUAAUAAAAGCCUUAAGGAAAAGCUGAAAAAUGUGUCUCACUGCAUUGACUCAAUCGAUCUCGACGGUCAGAUUGUUCCAAAAUGUCUCGUUUUCCACCGACAAUCACUUUGAUAGAAGUCAUGCUGUGACACUGUGUCGGGCUCGUAGUCAUCAAGCCCUUUCGUUUUACAUUCAGCAUCUUCUAACCAAAUGUACACUUGUCGAUUUUAAUCAUAUCACGUUUUAUUAGUUUUUCAUAUGAAAUUUUAAUAGACUAGUCGGUAACAAUGAUAUACAAUAUGCAUUAAAUAUUAUAUUCUAGAUAUCAGAGAUGAUAAUUUUGUUUUGUGGACAGCAGGAUGUCUAUACAGCAGGAUGUUGGACUUGUAAAAUAAUAAUUGUAAUGUCCACCAACUGUCACGAUGCCGCCUUUCUUUAGGGAAGAUUUAGAUUUUUAUGCGGUUUUUGGUUUUGGUUUAUUAUUACUCAGUGAUGGCUCGUGUUUUGGCAGGCCCAGAUCAUGCUUUCAAAUGAAACGAGAUGAUGGGCGAUGAACAUGCACACCGUACUUGUACGCGUUUAGGCCUACCGAGGGGCGUCUAUACAGCAGGCGCGUUUACGUAGUGGUUAUAGUGAUAUGACACCUCCGCGCCGGUUAAAAUAUCUUAAGGUACAUACGGUGAUUUGGCCUACAUCUUACAACCAGUCGUGAAAACUUUUUUUUAAAUUGUAUAAUAUUGUAACAUAAUUUAACCAACUUUGCAUUAUAUGUACGAUUUUAAAUUAAAUAAAAUUUGACUUUAUUAGA